AUGAAAAAAGGUAUAAUGGAUGAAAAGAAAAAAAAAAAGGGAGUUGAAAAAAAUGAUUUAAAUGAAAGAGAAAAAAAUGUGCAAUUUAAUAAUAAUGAUACGCCAUUUAAUAGUGAAAAUUUUCCAAAUAAUAUAUUAUUUAGUAAAUUAUCAAAUGAACAAAUAAAAAUUGUUGAAAUUCCAUUAAAUUUUAAUUUAUGUAUUAUUGCUUGUCCAGGGUCAGGAAAAACUUCUACCUUAACAGCUCGAAUUAUUAGAAGUAUAAUAGAAAAGAAAAAAUCAGUUGUUUGUAUAACUUUUACUAAUUAUGCAGCCAAUGAUUUAAAAGAUAAAAUAAUGAAGAAAAUAAACUGCUUAAUAGAUUUAUGUUCAAACAAUGAUAUAUAUUGUAAAUUAUUUAAUGAAAAAAACAUAAAAAAAAAGUGCGAUACUAAUAAUAAAAUAAAUAAAAGUAAAUUUAAAGUGUUACACACGAUGUUAUUUAUAGGAACAAUUCACUCUUUUUGUAGAUAUAUACUAUUAAAAUAUAAAUUUCAUUUCAAAAUAUUAACAGAUUCAAUUAACAGCAAUAUAAUUAAAAUGGCUUUUAACAAUUUUUAUUCAUCGAAUUUUGAAAAAAAUAAUAUGAAAACAGAAAAUAUAGAUAAAAAUAAUGAUUCAUUAAAUAUACUAAAUUUUUUUAAUAGUAUGAAAAACUUUAAUGUUAAAGAGGAAGACGAAUUAGAAGAGGAUGAAGAAGAAGAGGAGUUUUAUCAUUACAUAUAUGACUUAAAAGAAACAAAUGAAAAAGAUUAUUUUCAGCAAAUGAAUGUUAAAAGUAUUUUAAAAAGAAAAAAUAUAAUAUUUUUAAAAAAAAAAAUUAAAUUAAUGAAAUAUGCUGAAUUAUACAAUUUAAAAAUAGAAAUAAAUGAAGUAGAAAAAAAUUUUUAUGAAGAAUAUAAAAAAAUUUUAAAGAAUGCUAAAUAUAUUUAUUACGAUUUUGACGAUUUAUUAAUAGAAACAUAUAAAUUAAUGAAAAAUGAUGUGCAUAUAAGAAAUAAAAUUUUAGAAGAAUGGAAUUAUGUAUUUUGCGAUGAAUUUCAAGAUAUUAAUACAACACAAUUUAAUAUUCUUCAAUUUUUUGCUAAUCCUAAUACGAUUCCUCAUAAUUUUCAAAGUAAUAUGAAUAUUACUGAUUUUAUAGAAAAAGGUGACUUAAAUAACUUUAACUUUAAUAAUAUAUAUGUUGAUAAGUGUUUUAAUCAUUUAUUAGCAAAUAACAAAAUCAUAGAAGAAAAAAAAAGUAAUAAUUCAUCUGAAUUAUUCAAAGGAGUCUCUGAUAUGUCAUCAGAAAAUGAAGAAAAUGAUUUUAAUAAAAAGAAAAUUUUUAAUGAUCAUAACCGUAGUAUAACUGUUAUAGGGGAUGAUGAUCAGUCUAUUUAUGCAUUUAGAGGAGCUCACAUUAAUAUUUUUAACAAAUUUUUAAAAGAAUGUAAUUGCUUAUUAUUCAAAUUAGGAAAUAAUUUUAGAAGUACAAAAGAAAUUGUUAGAAUUUCUAGUAAUUUAAUCUUACAUAAUGCAAGUUGUAGGAUUCAAAAAAAUUUACAUACUAAUAAUAUUGAAGGGCAAAAAGUUAAUUUCCACGUAUUUAAAAAUAAUAUGGAUCAGAUAUCAUAUAUUUUGUCAGAAAUUAUUUUUUUAAAAAAAAAAUAUAAUUAUCAAUUUGGAGAUUUUGUAAUAUUAUCUCGAACAAAUAGAACCCUAAAAGAUACUCUCAAAAUUAUCAGCAGUUAUGAUGCCAAAAAAAGAGCAUUAAAAUUCUUUAGUGAAAUACACAAUAAUGAAAAAGAAAAUCACAAGGACAAUAAUAUAAACGAAAAACAUUCUAAUGAUGUAAAAGAUAUUAAUAAAAAUAAUCUAAAUAAUGAAGGAGAUAGAUGGAAUGAUAUUAAUAUAGAAACCUUUAGAAUCCCAGUAAAAGAAUUAAAUAAAAAAAAAUCUUUUUUCGGUUCUAAGGAAAUAAUUGAAUUAAUAACUCUGUUGAGAUUUUUACUGAACGUAGACGAUGAUAUUAUAUUUAAGAAAUGUUUCAAAAUUAUAAAGAAUGAUAAAAACGCAAAAUCUAUAAUAGAUAAAUUAACUAAUUAUGAUUUUAAUGAAGAAUUUAACAAUGAAAAAGCUAAUGACAAUGAUACAAGAAAAAUAAAAAAAAGUUUUACUUCUUCUCUAUUUAAUCGUAUUAAAAAUAUUACCCGUUUGUACAUACUUUCUAAAAAAAAUAAAUUAGAUAAAAAAGAGUUACUCUUAUUAAAUAUGUUUACUGAGAAGGAAACAAAAAAUAUUGUUGAUUUUUUUUUUUGUAUAAAUUAUUUUUUGAAAUUAUGUUCAGAUUCCAAUUCUGUGUAUAACUUAGUUAUGGAAAUAUUAAAAAAGAGUAAUUUUAUAAGAAGGGUAUUAAGAAAAAUAGAAAAAAUGCAAAAUAAUAAUAAAGAUAUAUAUUUGGAUAAAAAUGAACUAUCAAAAAAUGUUAUUAAUAAUGAUUCUAAUAUUGAAAUAACUAGGAUAAAUAGAAAUAUUAAAAAAGAAGAAAAUUAUGAUGAAAUUAAGAAUUAUUCCUAUGCUAGUAAUAAUGAUAAUAAUUAUGAAAAUAAAAAUUAUAUAUAUAACGAGUAUGAUACUUUGAGUAAUAAAUGCAGUGAUUCUCAAAUAUGUACAAAUGCUAUUGCAUGUUCAAAUGAAAAGACUGAGGAAAAAUUAUACUUCGUUGAAGCUGCUAAUACCAAAUGUGAAGAAAUUAGAAUUAAUAAAAAACGUACAUAUGAUAAAUUUAGUGAAAAAUCGGAAAAAAAGAAAAAUUGUAAUGAAAAGACGGAUGAUAUAGGUAAUGAACAUGUAGGUAAUACUAACAUAGUGAAUGAACUUAAAAUUAAAAACGAUUUAAAGAUUUUAUUUAAUUUAAGUGAAGAAGAAUUAAAUUAUAAUGAAAUACAAAAUAUAUUUAUAUUUUUAGAGAUGACAAUUGACUACAAACCUAACCUAUUACAGCAAAAAUGUUCAGAUUGUUUAGUAUGCUUUUUAAACGAUUUUAAGAAUAAUAUUCAUGAAAAUAUGUUAAUAGAAAAAGUUACAUUAACAACUAUACAUAAAGCAAAAGGGUUGGAAUGGAAAAUUGUAUUUAUUAUAAAUGUUAUAGAAGGAGAAAUACCUCAAAAUGUUGAAAGUAAUCAAGAAAUAAUUGAAGAAAGAAAAAUUCUUUAUGUUGGAAUUACACGGGCUAAAUACUUGUUAUAUUUGUUAUGUUAUUUACAAAAUAGUUAUACUUCUGAAAAAAACACUGUAUCAAGGUUUAUUAGUCAAAUGAAUAUUUAA